AUCUUUCUUGAGACAGCACAUCCUAAAGACAACAUGUUGGCCUUUUUCUUCGCUACCAUCGCCCUUGCGGCGGCACAGUUUGACCAAAACUACCAGUUCGGGAAUCUGAACACUCCCAUUAACCAGGCUCUCAUCUUCGACUGUGGAAGCAAUCCCGAUCGGGCUUUGAGAAACCCCAAGUUCGUUUUCAGCAGGGACGACUUGGAGUUGCCCGGUAGCUUCACUAUCAUAGACGCCGAGAUCGAGGUAGCCAAGCCCAUCAAUAGACCAUUGUACGGCAAGAUAGACGCCUGGAGAACCAUCUACCUGUUCGGUGGUGCGGCUUCAACUAUCCAGCUGGGCUGUUUCUAUCUGUCAGGCAAGGACUAUGGCGUUGGAAGUUGUGACUACGGGGAACUUUGCGGGCUUUUGGACCUGAACACACCAGUCAACAACAUUACUGGUGAACUGACCUGUUACGAGGAGGCGAUGAACCUGGGUAUCCCGGAGGACCAGUGCACGUGUGAGGGGAUCGCGCCCAAGGUCUACAGCCUGAGCAACUGGUACAAGGAGGUGGACCUGACCGACUUGGAGAGUGGUGUCCUCACAUUCCUGGCCCAGGGAGACUAUGAGAUCAAGAUGACGGCCACAGACGCUAGCGGUGCGGAGCAGGCCUGUAUCGGCAUCAGGGUGCCGGUGAAGGAGUAUGAGGACCCCAACGCCACUGACAGCGGCUGGUUCUUCGGCAAGAGGAAGCGCUCAGCAAAGUUGCUGUAAUUUCAGCACACAAAACUGUGACGUCACUGACGUCAUCACAGAAAACAUCGACGCCCUCUCGCGAAAGUUGACGUCAUCACAGAACGUUUAGACAUCUUCAGAGUAGAACGAUAGUUGAUGCACUUUUGUUGGAAUAAACUGAAUGGGAAGAACAUGAAA